GUACAUAAUGGUGCGCGGAGUUUCAGGGUUCUACUCGUAUGCAAUAUUUGAACACUUGGAAAAUUGGCCUGACCUCAACAUAGACGAAUCAAGAAUCGCAUUCAAGCUUGAUGACAACAUGUUCAAUUACAUGGCAAUUUCGGAGCAGAAGCAGAGGGUGAUGCCUACAAGCAGGGACAGAGAUGCAGGUAGGGUUCUUGCUUACAAAGAAGCAGUUGUGAUAAGAAACAGCAGUGAUCCCAGCCUGAAUGGUGAGGUAGAUGACAAGUAUCAAUACUCAUGCGACAACAAGGACAACCACGUGCACGGAUGGAUCGCCUCCUCCCAGCAUCCCCACAUCGGAUUUUGGGUCAUAACGCCCAGCGAUGAAAUCCGAGUUGGUGCUCCCAUCAAAACCGAUCUUACUUCCCAUGCUGGUCCAAUUGCCUUAGCUAUUUUCUUCAGUAACCAUUACAUGGGACCGGAUUUUGGCGUGAAAUUACGCGGCGGAGAGCAUUGGAAGAAGGUGUUGGGCCCCGUUUUCAUAUACCUCAACUCCGAUUCAGCCACUAAUCAUCGCACUCUCUGGAGAGACGCAAGAAACCAGAUGUUGAGAGAGACAAAGAAAUGGCCGUAUGAUUUCCCAUCAUCUGAGGACUUCCCUAAUGCAACACAACGAGGACAAAUCCGCGGCUGCUUGCUCCUCUACGACGACUAUAUUAGCACCCACCUUAUCCCAGCAAGAUCCGCAUAUGUCGGAUUGGCUCCCCCUGGAGAUGACGGAUCUUUUCAAGAUGAUUCUAAGGGCUAUCAAUUUUGGACACGAGCUGAUAAAAAAGGGUUCUUCACCAUCCAACAUGUUCGAGCAGGAACUUAUAAUUUGUACGCUUGGGUUCCGGGAGUAAUAGGGGACUUUAAAUAUGAAGAGGAUAUUGUCAUAAUUCCAGGUAGUAAGAUUGAAAUAGGUGAUAUUGUGUACAACCCUCCAAGAAGCGGGCCCACUCUAUGGGAAAUCGGUGUUCCUGAUCGAACUGCUUUCGAGUUCUACGUUCCAGAUCCUGCCCCUCACCUUAUUAACAAGCUAUACAUUAACCACACUGAAAAGUACAGACAGUACGGCUUAUGGGACAGAUACAAAGAUCUUUAUCCUAACAAUGAUCUGAUUUAUACUGUCGAGGAUAGUGAUUAUAGAAAAGACUGGUUUUUUGCCCAUGUUACAAGGAAAACAAGCAACAAUACAUAUGAACCUACAACAUGGCAGAUUUUAUUUAACCUGACAAAUAUUAAUAAUGUUGGAGACUAUACGCUCAGGAUUGCCCUAGCAUCUGCUACCAUGGCAAAUAUACAGAUAUGGAUCAACGAGCCGAAUACAAGCAAGCCCCAUUUCUCAACGGGGCGAAUAGGCAGAGACAACGCAAUAGCAAGACAUGGGAUUCAUGGAAAGUAUUGGGUGUACGGUGUGGAUAUAGCAGGAUCUCAACUUGUGGAAGGGAAAAACACCAUCUAUCUUAAGCAAGCAACGGGCAAAACUCCUUUUGCUGGAGUUAUGUACGAUUAUAUUAGACUGGAAGCGCCCUCUCAACAAGACUAUUAUUAGAUACAUAUCUUUUCAUCUUUCUUGUUACAAUUUCGCUUAGCCAUUAACGCCUAGACGUGGAGAUGUCACGCAGGGGAAUCGACCAUUACUUAUCAAAUUCAAUUCAAUGUAUUAUUUAUUUUCAUUACCUAGUCGUCGAAAAAGAAAUCGAGUGUUAUAAAGUAUAAUUGCAAAACCAUUAAAAGAGGUGUUGUAAUUCAACAAUUACAAAAUCAUGUUAUAAUUGCAAAAUGACUCCACUUAUGGGGCUAAUAUAGGAUGGUGUUCUCUAGAAUUUCACUUAAUCCAAAGUGUAUACACAAUAGAAGAAUUUCCAUAAUCCAAUUCUCAAUUAGGAUAGUCCAAAAAAUGUGCUAUUGAAAACACCAAAUGAAUUCCACGGUCAAAAAACUUUAUAGCGAUUCCCAAAUGU